AUGCCUGAUGAUAAUAUUGCAGCGACCUAUCCAAGUUCAACGAUUGUGCCUGUUGAUACUGCUGGAGUUAUAGUUCAGACUCCAUCUAAUAAAGAUGUGCACAACACUCCGGAGCCUGAUCUCAUUAACUUCCCUAUACUUGGAGUGGUUCCACUUCUCAUUCAUAAUUACUCCCAUGCUGUUAAUGGGAAAAUAUGGAUUGUCUGGGAUCCGAGAAAAUAUAAGGUUAUAGAGAGGUUCACAGCUGCACAGCUUAUUCAUUGCUUCAUUACAGACCUAUCAGGAUACUUCUCUUGCUACUAUACUAUUAUUUAUGGAUUUAAUGGCCUAGAACAGAGGAAAAGUUUGUGGGAAGAUUUGAGAAAAAUUGCUGCCAACAUCACUGAUCCAUGGUUUUUGUGUGGAGAUUUUAAUGAUGUGUUGAAUACAAAUGAUAGAUUAUUUGAUUCUCCAAUCACCUAUUCUGAAACAAAAGAAUAUGCAGAGUGCAUCCAAGACUUACAACUUAACGAAUUAUCAUGGAAGGGUGAAUAUUAUACUUGGACUAAUAAACAAUUAGGUUCAGCCAGGAUCUGCAGCAGAAUUGACAGGGCCUUUGCAAACUCUGAGUGGAUGCUGAAAUGGAGCCACAAUCAGCUUGUUUAUGAUUUUUUGUAUUUCAACAUUUGGACACUUCACUCUAACUUCUUGAACAUUGUAGCAGAAGUUUGGAGGAGAAACCUGUCUAAGGACCUUAUGGAUAAUGUAUGGAAGAAGUUUAAAGCCCUGAGAGCUCCGUUAAAGAAGCUUAAUAAUAAGGAAUUUAAGGGUCUGGGGGUGAAAAUCUCAAAAUCUAGAAUGGACUUGAUGCAAAUCCAAGACCAACUCACUCAUACAUGCACUGAUCAGCUGUUAGAGAUGGAGAAGAACACAAUUCUAGUGCUUGAGAAAUGGUCUAAUAUUGAGGAAAGUGCCCUUAAACAAAAAUUAAGGGCAAAGUGGAUACAACUUGGCGAUGGAAAUAAUAAAUAUUUUUCAGCAGUCAUUAAGGACAGAACCACCAGAAAGCAGAUCUUAGAGCUCACGUCACUCUCAGGCGUAAAACUUACUGCUCAGGAGGAUAUAAAACGAGAGAUACUACACUUCUACAAAUCCCUCAUGAGAACAACCGCUCCCUCUCUUGAUGCUAUUAAUAAGGUUGUUAUGAGAACUGGUCCAGUGCUCACCCAAUAA